UCACAUCACCAACCAUCAACUUUGUUCAAACAAGCGACUUAUCCUGAAUUAAAACCGAAAGGCAAAGUAGAACAUCACUGGAUACGUGUUUCGGUCCCGUAAAUACGCGUACGAUUUGCUGAGCCAAGAGAACAAGUAUGAGCAUCUUGACACAUACCAUGCCUCGUUCUUUAGAGCCAUUGUCAGAUGUGGACAUGAAUAUGGUCAAAAUGGAUUCAUCGCAAAAGAAAGGUCAGAGUAGUGAAUCAAAUGGGAUUGGACAUAGCGCAAAAUCUCGAGAAGGAUCAUCGUCAUCCUCUUCACAGAAUGGAUUGAAAGCAUCUUCAUCAAAGAGCCUGAAGAGAAAGAGUGACACAAUCUCAAGUGAUCAGAACGACAAUGCCCCAAAAGCUGAAGGCAGUGAGAAGGCCAAGAAACCAAAGAAGCGUGUCAGUCUGGUCAACGAAAGCGGGAAGGAAGGAGAAGCACCUCCCACAACGAAAAAGGAUGACAAACGCCUAGAAAAGGAAGAAAAACGAAAAGAGAAAGAAGCCAAGGAGGAAGAAAAGCGAAAGGAAAAGGAAGCAAAGGAGGAGGAAAAACGCAAAGAACGACAGGCAAAGGAAGCUGAAAAGGCAAAAAAGGACGCUGAAAAAGCGGCAAAAGAGGCAGAAAAGGAGGCAAGAGAAGAAGAAAAACGCAAAGAACGACAGGUGAAAGAAGCCGAAAAGGCAAAGAGGUAUGCUGAAAAAGCCGCAAGAGAUGCCGAGAAAGAGGCAAAAGAAGAGGAAAAGCGUAAAGAACGACAAGCUCGCGAUGCUGAAAAGGCAAAGAAGGAAGCGGAAAAGAUCGCCAAAGAAGCAGAGAAAGAGGCAAAGCGACAAAAGGAAAUCAUGCAAACCAAAAUGUCAGCAAGUUUCAUGUCUGCAUUUGUGCAAAAGCCUGCCGGUCCUUCAAUAUCACCGAAGAAGCAAAUUCCCGAUGAUGUGUCUGAUUUCGACCGUACUUUCUUGCCGUGCACAUUCAAGAACUUGGCGCCCAUCAAUAGAUUCUCACGCGCAGUUGCGAGUGACUUUGACGGCUGCAUCGGCAAGAGUGAUCUCGCCCAGGAUAAACUCUUGAAAAGCUUCCUAGAGGAUGGCAACAAGAGCAAACCUGCUAGAGCACAAGGACGAAAAUCUCGAAAGGGUAUUCGUGCUCCUGUAAGCGUCCGUGAGUCAAUGCGUUUGAUCACAGAAGCUGGCGUUCUUGGUGAUGAUCGCUUGUUGGAAGAGAAUGGCAAACGUGGACUGGCAAACUUGGCAGAUCGUAAGAAGCUUCCCAUCAAGCUGUUGCAUUUUGCAUCCGAUCGAAGACCUGCAUGGUACGGAACCUGGACACGAUCUUCCAACUUCGUCAGCUCAAGAAAGCCGUUAGCACAGGAUCCAGUUGCUCUGGAUUACUCGUAUGAUUCAGAUGCAGAAUGGGAAGACUUUGAUCCAAUGGAGGGAGAUGACCUCAACGACAAUGAUGACAAAGAAGAUGACCAUGAAAGUCGCUCUGAUUCUGAUUCAGAGAUGGAUGACUUCUUGGUGGAUGAUCUGGAGGAGGAGGAAGAUGAAGAAGGCGAUGGUGAUCUUGAGAUGAACAUGUUUGGUAAUCGCAAAUCUGUCAGCCCAGUCAAAUCUCUCAGAGGACGUAAUCGUUCUUCCCUCAGCCCCAGCAAGCCAUUUGUCAACAAAUUGGACGCAAAGAAGAAGCCCAAGAAGUUCAAGCCAAUCGGACGUCGAUUCGAGGCAAAAUUGGUCAAAUUUGAGACAGGACCACAUUGGGAGACAGAAUUGGGCGUUGCAUCAUACGAAGGUUUCAAUGCAUAUCAGAUGGAGAUGCUGAAUGAUACGUACAUCGGUUUGAAUCCGUUUACGUUUACAUCUACGGAUUUGUCAGGUACGGAUACCACAAUCCCUACUUCCACGAUCAAAAAAGAGCAUUGCGAACAAAUUGUUAAUGCUAACGUUCUUGCUUCCGCUUCAACCUCGCCUUCAAAUCCCAACAAACCAUCAGCACAAGCAGCGGUACUGACAAAAGCAAAAGCGUUCCCGGAAGAACAUUUGAAAGAUCUCCUGGGUUCCAUAGAGGGAAGCUCUUCCAUUCGCCCUGUCCUGAUAGAAGGACUGCAUUCUAAAUAUGCAACAGAAGGCAAAGCUGCCGUUCCAAAGACGACAUUGGAAGCAUGCCUGACAACGUAUGCCGAAAAGCAAUCCAAAAAGGCUGGCGGCAAAUGGGUGAUCAAAGCAGAAUUUCGCGAAAUGGCAGGUCUACAGGCUUAGACUGCGAUCAUUUGAGCAUCCAUCGCUCUUACUCAUUUAUACCUUAUCUCAAGAGCACACCUGUUAGAUGGCUUCGAACACCUGUUAGAGACGUAAUCCAGGCAUGACCUUUUCUCACCUUCUGAUGAAUGGUAACCUUCAAUCGUGUACAUUUUAUUACAAUAGCAUUGAUACAGACU